AUGAGACUCACGGAUAUUCCUGUAUUCUUCAUCGCUGCACCAAUAACGGCUCCUACACCAGCAAUUGCUGUUUCUUCGGUGACAGCAGCCAAUACUAUUAUUGCAGAACUGUAUGGUCUACGAGAUAUUACUGGGUGGGUGUGCGACUACGGUACUUUAUUGACGGCAAACCUCAUUUUGCAUGGCUACCUUUCGGAGGAGGUCACAUUAUAUGAUAAUGUUGCUUCUGUCCUGCAUAAAACCCUGCUUUUUCUGUUGCAAAAAGCUUUUUGUGAAGAUAAAGUGAGACAUCACGAUGAACAUUUGGCAGGAUGGAGAGAGUGGAUCAUCCUGCUGGAAUGUGAAUUUCGGUCACCUAUUGGAGACUUGAUAUCAAAACCUUAUAUUAAGUAG